AUGGAGCUUGCCCUUGCCCGCCCGUCAAAGGAGCGUAAAAUCACUUUCCAAGAAAUCGCAGCAAAAUGUCAAGUGCCAAACAAUGAGGUUGAGUUUCUUGUGAUGAAAGCGCUGAGCAAGGAUUUGGUUCGUGGUGCUAUUGAUCAAGUCAACAAAACAGUUCUGAUCACAUGGGUCCAACCCAGGGUGUUGAAUACAACUCAGGUACUUGCCAUGGCCAAUCGUAUCGCCGCCUGGAGCAAGGAUGUUAUGGCUAUGGAGAAUAUUGUCAGUGAAAAUGCUCGCGAGAUUCUUACCAAGUCGUAA